CUAAAACUUAAAUUAUAAUUAAGUUUUUCUUUUACUUCUAUUUCAGCAAUGAGUUCAAGCGUUUGCUACAAGUGCAACCGGACCGGGCAUUUCGCGCGCGAAUGCACGCAGGGGGGCGUGGUGUCGCGGGAUUCCGGUUUCAAUCGGCAACGUGAGAAGUGCUUCAAGUGCAACCGCACAGGACACUUUGCGAGGGAUUGCAAGGAAGAGGCUGACCGUUGCUACAGAUGUAACGGCACUGGGCACAUAGCGCGCGAGUGCGCACAGAGCCCGGACGAGCCGUCAUGUUACAACUGCAACAAGACGGGCCACAUCGCACGGAACUGUCCCGAGGGGGGGCGGGAGUCUGCGACGCAGACCUGCUAUAACUGCAACAAGUCCGGCCACAUCUCCCGCAACUGUCCCGACGGCACCAAGACGUGCUACGUGUGCGGCAAGCCCGGCCACAUCUCGCGCGAGUGCGACGAGGCGCGGAACUAGCCGCAGCCACCUUGUCUCCCUUACAAUCAACUAUGUAUAUUAUGAUGCCACGCACGGACGAUAAGCAAAGGACGCCACGCGCGACACACGAUAACCGAUUACAGUACAGAUGCAGAGCGGCGUCCGCGCCACAGACUGAAGAGUGAGGUUCGACUGUUGACUUGUAUAUAGACGGGCGCGUUGAGGCGCGUUCGUGUUUGUUCUUGCACGACGUGAGCGAGUUAUUGUGUUUUAAAUCAUUUAAAUAAUCGUGAUUGAACUAUUGAUGGAGUAGCGUUACAGUUUUUAGCAUUACAGAGUAUAUAUUUAAUAUAUUUUGUACAGAUUUUUUUGUCAAAAGAUAAAUUGGAUGCUGGCGUACCAUGAGUUUGAAUGAGGAGAGAAGACCUGGAGCGACCCCGUCCCUGAGGCUUCCCUUCGUCCCGAACUAGUGACGUUUGCGACGCGUCGACGACUCACUCAUCUUCCUCUCAUCUCUCAACUGAUUUAUUUUUAUUAAACAGUUCCUUUGUUUACGAUCCUGCUGACUUGUGGAGUAUUCAGUGGUUAAUUAGAGUUUCAUUAAACUUAAUAUUUUUUAUUUUGCUAUCCCUGUCGAUUUGCCUCUUGAAAAUUGAGUCAUUCGACUCUCCAAUGGGACAAUAGUAACAGAGUUAUGGUUUGGUUAUUAAAAGAAAAUUUAAAAUGAGAACCAUGGAAUAUUUUGAUAACUUGCAAACAUAACAUAAUUGUAAUAAUGUUUUGAAUAGUAAUUCAAUAUGAACUCGAAAGCCAUAAAUCAUUUUCAAGAGAAAAAGAGUAACAUCCUUUAACAUCCCAGUCUCACCACCCUCCUUUUCCAGUAUUAAAAGAAAAUGCCUUUAUGUAGCAAAAAGGCAAGCUACAUUUUGUUGUUUUAACUUUAACAUUUGUAGAGAUGUUUCUGGUACAAGUGAAUAAGUUAAAUUCCAAAAAUUCACCUAUUUGGAAUAUUCGUUCCUGUAGGGAUACCGACUUAUAGUUGCCUCCUUUUAUCGUAGUUUUGCCAUGGUCAUAUUUUCGGUUUGAUAUGCUUAAAUUGCCUUUCUUGGUAUUUAAGACUUGCAGCCUAUGUUUCAGGAAGGGUGUUGUUAGUUAUUCUACCCCUAACACAUUCAUGUAAUCAGAUUAUUUGUAAUUUACUUAUUCUUUCGAAUGCGAAGUUUGCAGUUAAGUUUGCUAUGGAUAAAAGUUACGAAAAGUUGAAGCUCGAAUUGAACAUUAUUCGAAAGGUACGCAUACCGCAUGAAGUGGGCCGUUAAUUUUUAUUUUGAUUUCUUUUUUAAAUAAAUAUUUUAAUUACCUACGACUA